AUGGGGUUGAUCAAGUUUUUGCUAGCCCUAUACUUGACUGGUUUAACCCUAACUCAUGUCAUUGUCUCCGUAGCUGGAGACGAACGGCAAGACUUCUUGGAUGGACACAAUAAAGCUCGUGCCGAGGUCGGCCAUGGCGUUAAGCCACUUGUCUGGAACCACACCCUUGCAACCUACGCUCAAGCUUAUGCUAAUAAGAGGAUCCCAGACUGCAAGCUGGAGGAAUCAGAUCCGGAUGGGCCCUAUGGAGAAUGUCUUGCUGAAGGUUAUGGUGAGUUCAAGGCUAAGGAUGUGGUGAAUGGGUGGGUGAGUGAGAAGAAAUACUAUGACCAUGAAACCAACAAAUGUAUUGGUGGUGAGUGCGGGCACUACACCCAGGUGAUUUGGCGCGAUACAAAGUAUCUUGGGUGUGGUAAGUCCAAGUGCCACAAUGGCUGGGUAUUUGUCACUUGUAACUAUUAUCCUUCAGGAAAUUAUUUUGGCGAGAGUCCAUACUAA